UGCCCCGCAGGCCAGGGAGGCGCGGGGAACGGGGUUUUGUAGGACCCGGCUUGAGGCAAGAUGGCAGGCUCGCGGUGAGCAGCUGUCCAGGGAUGAAAAUAGGUAUGCCCAGAAGCAAAUUUGGAAGGUAGUUUUCCUUCAAAUCAUCUUUUUUCAUACCACCUGAUAAGCAUCCUGAUUCACCAUGGCGUUAGGAGCAGUAAAACGGGCGCUAUCAAACAGAUCUAUCUUGAAAUAUUUAUUCCCAACUCAAAAUGGAGCUUUUUAUUGUGCUGGUCAUAAAUCCACAUAUUCUCCUCUUCCAGAUGACUAUAAUUGCAAAGUAGAACUUGCUUUGACAUCUGAUGGCAGGACAAUAGUAUGCUACCACCCUUCUGUGGAUAUUCCAUAUGAACACACAAAACCUAUCCCUCGGCCAGAUCCUGUGCAUAAUCAUGAAGAAACACAGGAUCAAGUGCUAAAAACCAGACUGGAAGAAAAAGGUGAACACAUUGAGGAAGGACCUAUGAUAGAACAACUGAGCAAGAUGUUCUUUACCACUAAGCACCGUUGGUAUCCUCGUGGACAGUAAGUUCUGUUUUUUUUUCCUCCAUUCCCACUA